AUGGCUCAGUCCACCCGGCCCCCCGGCUUUGAUGUGUUGAGUCGGGAUGAACUGCGCAAAAGGCUGCAGCAGACGUCUCAGGAUCGGGGUGUGCUGGAUACGCUCAAGGGGGUAUGUGAAGCUAUUGGAAGCCUGGACAAGAAACUCGAUGUCGUUCAUGGAAAGGUUUCAAAAAUCCAACGUCUCCAUGCGAAAGCACUGAGGCGACGUCGUAAGCUAUCUGGAUAUGCUUCCAGAAAUUCUAAGUACUGGCUGUCUAGGAGAAGUAAAUUCCAGAAAAUGAGGAAGAAGGGGUCUCCCAGUUCAUUCUCCUACCAUGAAAGUUAUAGCCCAACUUCACCCGUGAGGAGGCGGGAGAUUGACUACCAGAGCAUCCCCGAAGGGGUGUUUAAUCAGUCGGACGACUCCCAGGAAACGGAUCAGGAGUCACUGCUCAUGGAGCAGGAGCAGAAGGAGCGGGAGAUGUUCUUCAGCCUGAGUCCUCGACGCUUUCGGGAUGAACUGCGCAAAAGGCUGCAGCAGACGUCUCAGGAUCGGGGCGUGCUGGAUACGCUCAAGGGGGUAUGUGAAGCUAUUGGAAGCCUGGACAAGAAACUCAAUGUCGUUCAUGGAAAGGUUUCAAAAAUCCAACGUCUCCAUGCGAAAGCACUGAGGCGACGUCGUAAGCUAUCUGGAUAUGCUUCCAGAAAUUCUAAGUACUGGCUGUUUAGGAGAAGUAAAUUCCAGAAAAUGAGGAAGAAGGGGUCUCCCAGUUCAUUCUCCUACCACGAAAGUUAUAGCCCAACUUCACCCGUGAGGAGGCGGGAGAUUGACUACCAGAGCAUCCCCGAAGGGGUGUUUAAUCAGUCGGACGACUCCCAGGAAACGGAUCAGGAGUCACUGCUCAUGGAGCAGGAGCAGAAGGAGCGGGAGAUGUUCUUCAGCCUGAGUCCUCGACGCUUGUCUGCAAAUCCAUAUCAGCCUCCUGUCGUGCCUGAUAACCCUCUGCCGGGCACUUCUUUACUGCCCUCCUAUACCAGCCCAAGGGCAGUUAAGAACAGCAGCAUCCUUCCAAAUGCCCCAGCUUUCGGGGCAGCACCGGCAGGCCUGCUGACCCAGGGAGAUUCCAGUUCAAUAUACACCCGUGAAAUGAAGAGUCACUCAGUCUUUCUGAGGAAUAAACAUACUGUAUCCUCUAUCUGCGUCCCUUCUGGUUUUGCUACAAGUUCACCAGUGGAGCCUGACCUCUAUGUCUCUGAGGACCCUUCAGCCUGGUCCGUGGAUGAAGUGAUCCUGUUUCUGCAACAUACAGACCCUCAGACUUUAGGGCCCCUCUCCAACCUCUUCAGGCAUGAUGAAAUUGAUGGGAAGGCCCUGCUACUACUCACCGCUGACAUGAUGAUCAAUUAUAUGGGGCUGAAGCUGGGGACAGCCGUGAAGCUAUGCCACUACAUUGAAAGUUUAAAGAGGAAAAAUUCUACAAUAAUUGAAGAAAAUGUGUCAGUUUAG